AUGAGAAGCAGCAGUAGUGGUAGCAACAGAAAGAGAGAUUUUUCAAAAAAUAAUUCUGCUUCAAACAAUAACAAUAACUUAUCCGCACAAGCUUCUUCUUCUUCUUCUUCCUCCUCUCCAGCUUCAAAUACCUUUUAUGAAAAUGCUGAAACCACAAAAAUUUUUAAUGACCGUUUAGAUUAUUUAUUGGUGAAUGCUAUUGGUCACAAUGUUACUGUCACUGUUGCAUCUGGGGUUCAAUUCCAAGGAUUAUUGGUGGCCGCUGAUGUUUCCAAAGAUGGUUCUAUGUAUAAUCACAACAACAGCGGUUUAAAUAUCGUUCUUAAGUUUCCUCAGGUUGUUUCCAAUAAUGUGUUAAAUGGCAAAGUUGUGGAUGAAUUAUAUGAAUAUUUAAGGGAAACUCUAAUUUUAAAAUCUGAUGACGUUGUUGAAGUAGAAAUCAAUCAAUUGGAUUUGAAUUUAGACGAAAAAUAUUUAAGGGAAAAAGAAUUACAAGAAAAGAAAAAAAAAGCUGUGGAAAUAGUUGAACAAGAACAACAACCUAUUACCAAAAAUUCCAAGUUUAAAACAGAUACAGAUAUUUCUGCCUCUAAAAGAUUUGUCAAAGAACGUCAAUUGCAUAAAUGGGAACCCACUGCUGGAGAAUCAAAUAUUCUUGGUAGCUUAGAGGAUAAUACAUUAAACACUAAUAAUAAUAACAAUGAUCAACAUUGGGAUCAAUUUGCUGUUAAUGAAAAGAAAUUUGGUAUCAAGGCAAGUUAUGAUGAACACCUGUACACUACCAAGGUUAACACUUCAGCCCCUGAUUACAACAAAAGAUUACAAGAAGCCGAAAGAAUUGCAAAAGAAAUUGAAUCACAGGGGACUUCUGGUAAUGUCCAUUUGGCUGAAGAUAGAGGCCUGGAUUUUAAUGAUGACAAUUUAGAUGAAGAAGAUAAGUACUCUGGUGUUGAUCGUAGAGGGGAUGAAUUACUAGCUUCUAUUAAGAAAAAUUCAAAACCAUCUUUAACGUCUUCCGCCGCUAAUGCUACUACCAAAAGUGCCGUUACUAAUAAAGAGCAUAUUAACAAUGUUACUGAUAACAGAUAUAUUCCACCUGUUUUGAGAAACCAACCACAUAACAUGGAUCCUGCCAUUAUUUCCACUACAUCUAGUGGUAUUACUGCAAAUACUACUGCAAAUGCUGCUAAGGGUAAAAAACAACCCACAUUUUUGCCAAGCACAUUAAAUUAUCCUCCAAAGAAAAAGGGCCAAAUUGUUUCUGAAUUGACCAUUAGUAAUGAUAAAAAGACUGAAAUCCAAUCUUUAAAGGAGUUUUCCGCAAAACUGCAACUAAAAUCAGAAAUGCCUGAUGAAGUCAAAGAUAUUUUUCAUAGGACAGAUGAAGACGUUCCAUCAACUAGUACUACUAAUAUCACUGCAAAUCUUGAUACAGCAGAAAAAAGUUCUCAAAAAUUACAGUCAAAGCCAUUAAAUAUUACCAAGAGCAAAGGCACUGCUAAUUUUAUUAAGAAACCAGCUUCUCUACCACCAAAACCAUCUUAUACACCACAAAUUUCCAACAAUAACAGUAUCAAGAUCAAAGCCGCUUCUUCUUCCGCUUCUUCCUCCUCCUCUUCUUCUUCUCCUCCUCUUCCUCCUACCUCAUCAUCUUCUACUUCUACCGUCACCGCUAACAUUAUUAAUCCUGCGAGUGCUAACACUGCUAACAAUGCUAAUGAAAAUAACAAACUACCAAAUACAACAAAGACAGCAACAGCAACAGCAACAGCAACAACAAGAAACAUUAAUUUAUCGCCAACAUCAUCGCCUAAUUCAACUACUAACGCUGCUAGUAACCCUUCAAUAUCCUCUGGUCAAAAUCAACAGAAUCACCACCACCAACAACAACAAUUUUCUAAAUCUUCUAAUAAUGGCUCUUCAAAUAAUGCAAACAAAUCUUCAUCAGCAUCCGUUAGUAAAUUUUCUCCAAUGACUGUUACUCAUAACAUAAAGCCUAAGAAACGCCACAACUUUUUAUUUUUUAAUAAAAUUUUAGAACCAAGAAAUGAUGACAAGAGAUUGCUUGGCACUGCUUUUAAUAUGUUUAUUUGUGGUGAAAAAGAGCACAAUUUACAAAAGUUAGAAAAUGAGGCCUUAGAGAUGUUUUUCAUCGAAAAACCUUAUUUCACCACGCCAACUUGGGAAGGCACUGUUGAGCAAGGCUAUAAAUCAGCAUUUCCUACCAAGUUGGAGGCUAGUGAAAGACAACAAUUCAAGAUGCGUCAACGUUCAAUGCUGAACAACGUUGUUGCUGCUUCCUCCGCUGCCGUUGCCUCCUCUGCUGCACAUCUUACUCCCACUAUUAUUUCACCAAUGCAUAUUCCGAUGAAUAUCCCGAUGGGUACUGUUUCUGGUGCUAGUGCAGGUGGUGGCGGUACAUUUUCAUCUCCAAACAUCAUGGCUAUCACUAAUAGUCCAAAUGGGACUGGGUUUGGUGCACCAAUGUUCCCCGCAGUUAUUCCGAUGCAUGUUCCACCGGGUGCUGCUGUUAUGCCUGGUGGAGGUGUUUAUGGAGGUGUUUCUGCCGCUGGAAGUGGUGGUAUGUAUAUGCCUUAUCAACCUCAACCUAUUUUUUAUCCAUCAAUGCCGAUAAAUGGUGCCAAUGGUGUAAUUGUUGAUAACGGUUAUAACAAUAACAAUAAUAACAAUAAUAGUAAUGGUAAUAAUAAUAAUAAUAAUAAUAAUAAUAAUAAUAAUAAUAACCACAAUCACAAUGGUACAAAUAGUAGGAAGCAUAAUAAUCACAGACACAAUAACAGCAAUAGCCAUGCUUUCAAUAACAAUAACAAUAACAAUAACAACAAUGGUCAUACCGGAGCACAAAUUAAUAUGAAUUUUUCUCCUAAUGAUCCAUCCCAUGGAUAUAUUGCAUUUAAUGCGGGAGGUAAUAAUGGUGAGGCUGUGCCACCAUUUUUAAAUGGCCAAUACCCUGGUACUGGCCCCUUUCAAACAAUGAUGAUUCCAAUGAACAAUGGUAAUAAUAACAAUAUGAGCCAUUAUAAUAGCCAUACUCAUAAUAAUAAUAAUAAUAAUAAUAAUAAUAGUAACCACAACCACCACAAUAAUAAUGGCCACAGUUAUAAUAAUAACAAUAAUAAUGGAAAUAGGUUCAAUAAUUCUAAUCAAUAUAGAAGGUCUAAUAACAGUAAUAAAUGA